UUCCCGGAAGUAUCGCGAUAUUGCGCCUCUGGGUUUAGAAACUCUGUGCUAAAAGCAUAUAUCACUACCAAACCAGGGAAGAAAAAGAAGAGAGGAGAGAAAGGAAAGCGAACGCGCAAAUACAUGCAUACAAUGAUAGCAGAAAUUGGUGCCGCCGACAAUCCCAAGGCCAGCUCCAGCUAUCCCCAUCCCCAAGCAGCUGUGAUCUGCCCGGACUCACCGGUUUCAUUCGCCCCGGACUACGGAGUCGGACAGCUGUUCAUACGUAGCGCCUCGUCCAGGAGGGACACACAGACGUCCGCGGGGAGUAUCAACCCAGACGAGAGCUCCAUCAAGCCGCUGGUAUCCGGAGUAUCCUCCGCUAUUACAGACGCCUAUAUCAUGACCUCUGAGGAAUUCAUGCAGACCGCUCCCUUGUUCGGCCAGAGGUCCAAGAGGAACGUUCUCUACAAGAUCCUGUGUUUCCUCAUUCUGAUAUUCCAAGGAGGCAUUCUAGAUUUCUACCUCAUUAUCUUCACGGAUCUGUACUGGUGUUCGUGGAUCGCCACGGAUCUGGUGGUGAUCUCUGGCUGGGGGAUCUUCUUCAUGAAGAACGCCAGGAGCAAGAGAGAGCGGGCGUGUGGGUUCCACCAAAAGAACUCUAUAUUCGGCUGUAACCUCGGCGAGUUUACCUACGCCUACCUGGCCUGGUUAAUCUACGUGAUCGCCUGCACCCCUAAAAUAGUCCUCAUUCUAGAGACUUCGAUAUUAGAUCUCAUCGCGCUCAAAGUUCCGUUCGGUGUAACCGGAUUUAAGAUUAUCACGUUGCUCUCGGUCCCGUUACUCUACUGUCUCGUCAAUUCUAUCACCGAGGACCAGAACGGAGCUACGCGCCACCGGUCCCAAAGCUGCUUCAUAACCACCUGUCUGGACCUCGCAGACUGUUUUACCCUGGUGGAGUUGUUUCUGAAGAACGAGAUACCGACGGUCUAUUUAAAAUACACGGUCAUCUCGGUGUAUUUCAUCGCCCUGGGCGUCCCAGUGGUGUGGUUAUACGAGUUGACAGCCUCCGAGAUGCGCUGUCGCUGGGUCUGGGCUAGGUUCCUGGUCGGUGUGUUGGUCAACGCCCCACUUCUGGUGGUGCGGUGUUUCCAGGUGUAUGUUCACGAGAUGCCCGUCUCAGUGUUCAUGUUCAAGAAUAUGUUCUUCCUGGCCUGUAAGUGUCUGGAGCUGAUAGAACAGUGUUUCACAGUGCGGGGUGUCAGGAGGUUCGGUGAGGGAAGCAACCCGGCGCAGUUCUCUCACUGUGUCUCAGAGAACGAUAUGUGUCCCCAUGGAUAUGUCAACACCCUGGCGGUUACCACGCAGUCAUAGGCCCGGCUUGGAUCUCACCCUGGCCGUCACUACCUAGACCUAAAACGGCCUGGAUUUUAUUUUAUCCCCCUGGAGGGUGGAAGGCACAUGAGUGAUGCUGAAGGAAGAAUUUUGAGGGACAGGGUUACGCCCUUAAACGGCACCCUAUGCCCUAUAUAGUGCACCUACUUUUGACCAGGGCUAAUAGGGUUCUGAUCAAAGGGAGUGCACUAUAUAGGGAAUAGGGUGCCAAUGAGGAUGCAUCAACGACAGCCUUAUUGACGAUUUUGUAAUUUAUUCAGAUGUGAACAUUUGAUAACAACAGGUGCUACAGAAUCAUUAUGCAUCAACUACACCUGCUUAAGAUCUGGUCAACCUGGCAGACCUGGCAGACCUGGCCAACCUGGCAGACCUGGCAGACCUGGCCACUGGCCAACGAUUGUCGUUUUGAAAUGGGAGUCUUGGAUAUGGUGUCAAUGUCGAUGUAAAGUCAUGUUUUACGUUGGUAGAGUCUUGUCUCUCAAUCUGUGAAACUUCCAAAUAGCAUUUCCUAAUCAAUGAAUAGAUGGAAACCUUGUGGUAAUAUAGAUACCUGAUUAGUGUGUAAUUGCGGUAUACGUAAUGAUUCUAAUGUGUAAUCAUGUCCUCUCAUAUCCUAAACUAUUUUUGGGGGAAUAUUUCAUGUUAUCAAUAUAAAUCAAUUGAUAUUUCUUAAAGAAUUUGACAUCACUAUGUGUAUUUUACUGUAUGCUUUGAAGUAGCACGACAAUGUGUCAUGAUGAUAUGAGAUAGAGCAGGCAGCUAUAGAGCAACCUCUUUAUUAUACUGUGUCUCUGUCUGUCUGUCUGUCUGUUAACAUGUGUACUGACAGUCUGUCUAUCUGUCAACAUGUGUACUGACAGUCUGUCUGUUUGUCUAUCUGUCAAAAUGUGUACUGACAGUCUUGACUGAUGGAAUUUAUACAGGGUCAGCCUUGCCAAUUUGUCACCCAGAAAUGAACGGAGCUUCAAAAAAGUGAAUAUAAAUGUGAUAUCGUUUAGAUCAAACAUGAUGAGACAAUCUACUCCAAGGUGCUAUGAAGGAAUGUGCAGCUGUGGAAUCAGAUGUGAGUGGCGUUGAUAUGCGUAAUCAGAUGGGUGUGGCGUUGAUAUGCGGAAUCAGAUGUGUGUGGCGUUGAUAUGCGUAAUCAGAUGUGAGUGGCGUUGAUAUGCGUAAUCAGAUGGGUGUGGCGUUGAUAUGCGGAAUCAGAUGUGUGUGGCGUUGAUAUGCGUAAUCAGAUGGGUGUGGCGUUGAUAUGCGUAAUCAGAUGGGUGUGGCGUUGAUAUGCGUAAUCAGAUGGGUGUGGCGUUGAUAUGCGUAAUCAGAUGGGUGUGGCGUUGAUAUGCGUAAUCAGAUGGGUGUGGCGUUGAUAUGCGUAAUCAGAUGGGUGUGGCGUUGAUAUGCGUAAUCAGAUGGGUGUGGCGUUGAUAUGCGUAAUCAGAUGGGUUUGGCGUUGAUAUGCGAGGUGUUUGACAUCCUAUUGCCGGAACUCUGGAUAAAAAUUUAAAAAACACUGCUAUUAUUACCUAACAGAAGACCCUUAUGUGGAUGAGAGAAAUAUAGGUCACUGUGCAACCAAUAGAACAGGGUUGAGAGAAUGCAGGAAUUACAGACAGAUCGGAGAAUAAAUCACGAUCGUAAACACUUGUCAUCUCAAAAUGUAGGUCUCUGUUUCUCCUCAUGGAUCUUCUCAUACAGUGAAAAACACCAAAAUGAUGUUUGAUAAAAAAAGUACCCAAAUACAUAUUGGUAAUGACCGCAGUCUGCAGAGAAGACACUAUUGUACAGUACGUAACAUCAGCCGCCAUCUCGCAUUUACUGUGUUACAAAAAGGAGUCCCUUUAGUUUCCAGUACCUAAGCCUCUAGUCAUUAAAAAAAGAUCUUGGAUGUGAUAUAAUUCAUUCAACCUAAUGGUGAUCUGUGACAUUUCCUGUUCCUGUUUGUCCUUCACUUUCUUUUUUCCUGAUGGGGGGAAAAAAAAAAAGAGUGAGCUGAAUAUAGCCUGAGUUCCGGUCUGUAUGUGCCAUCACGCCAGCUCCUUGUUACUCAGCCUCAGUGCACGCCAAACUGUUUGUGUUGUAUGGAGUAUGGCUAGAACACCAACUGAUCUGAGACCAGGCUAUGAGUGUUGUAUGGAGUAUGGCUAGAACACCAACUGAUCUGAGACCAGGCUAUGAGUGUUGUAUGGAGUAUGGCUAGAACACCAACUGAUCUGAGACCAGGCUAUGAGUGUUGUAUGGAGUAUGGCUAGAACACCAACUGAUCUGAGACCAGGCUAUGAGUGUUGUAUGGAGUAUGGCUAGAACACCAACUGAUCUGAGACCAGGCUAUGAGUGUUGUAUGGAGUAUGGCUAGAACACCAACUGAUCUGAGACCAGGCUAUGAGUGUUGUAUGGAGUAUGGCUAGAACACCAACUGAUCUGAGACCAGGCUAUGAUGAAGAUGCAGGUAGGUGAUGAAUAGGAAUGAAAAAAACACUUAAGAAAAAAAAAUGGUGCCUUUUUGAGUGCAGUGUGAAGUGAACAGGAUUGUUGAUGGGUUCCUUCAUGAAGUGUUGUGGAAUAAAAGGACAUUAUAUUUUAGCAUAUAAAGUCAAAUUAGGAUAUUUAUAUUGAGGGAUUUAAAAUGAGGAGUCCUUCUACCUAGCCUUAUGUUGGCUGAUGGGACUGAGGUGUCCUUCCACCUAGCCUUAUGUUGGCUGAUGGGACUGAGGUGUCCUUCCACCUAGCCUUAUGUUGGCUGAUGGGACUGAGGUGUCCUUCUACCUAGCCUUCUGUUGGCUGAUGGGACUGAGGUGUCCUUCUACCUAGCCUUAUGUUGGCUGAUUGAACUGAGGUGUCCUUCUACCUAGCCUUAUGUUGGCUGAUUGAACUGAGGUGUCCUUCUACCUAGCCUUAUGUUGGCUGAUUGGACUGAGGUGUCCUUCUAUCUAGCCUUAUGUUGGCUGAUGGGACUGAGGUGUCCUUCUAUCUAGCCUUAUGUUGGCUGAUGGGACUGAGGUGUCCUUCUACCUAGCCUUAUGUUGGCUGAUUGGACUGAGGUGUCCUUCUAUCUAGCCUUAUGUUGGCUGAUGGGACUGAGGUGUCCUUCCACCUAGCCUUAUGUUGGCUGAUGGGACUGAGGUGUCCUUCUACCUAGCCUUAUGUUGGCUGAUUGAACUGAGGUGUCCUUCUACCUAGCCUUAUGUUGGCUGAUGGGACUGAGGUGUCCUUCUACCUAGCCUUAUGUUGGCUGAUUUGAACUGAGGUGUCCUUCUAUCUAGCCUUAUGUUGGCUGAUGGGACUGAGGUGUCCUUCUACCUAGCCUUAUGUUGGCUGAUUUGAACUGAGGUGUCCUUCUACCUAGCCUUAUGUUGGCUGAUGGGACUGAGGUGUCCUUCUACCUAGCCUUAUGUUGGCUGAUGGGACUGAGGUGUCCUUCUACCUAGCCUUGUGUUGGUUGAUUGAAAUGAGGUGUCCUUCUACCUAGCCUUAUGUUGGCUGAUUGAACUGAGGUGUCCUUCUACCUAGCCUUAUGUUGGCUGAUUGGACUGAGGUGUCCUUCCACCUAGCCUUAUGUUGGCUGAUUGAACUGAGGUGUCCUUCUACCUAGCCUUAUGUUGGCUGAUGGGACUGAGGUGUCCUUCCACCUAGCCUUAUGUUGGCUGAUGGGACUGAGGUGUCCUUCUACCUAGCCUUAUGUUGGCUGAUGGGACUGAGGUGUCCUUCUACCUAGUCUUAUGUUGGCUGAUGGGACUGAGGUGUCCUUCUACCUAGCCUUAUGUUGGCUGAUUGAACUGAGGUGUCCUUCUACCUAGCCUUAUGUUGGCUGAUUGAACUGAGGUGUCCUUCUACCUAGCCUUAUGUUGGCUGAUUGAACUGAGGUGUCCUUCUACCUAGCCUUAUGUUGGCUGAUUGGACUGAGGUGUCCUUCCACCUAGCCUUAUGUUGGCUGAUUGAACUGAGGUGUCCUUCUACCUAGCCUUAUGUUGGCUGAUGGGACUGAGGUGUCCUUCCACCUAGCCUUAUGUUGGCUGAUGGGACUGAGGUGUCCUUCUACCUAGCCUUAUGUUGGCUGAUUGAACUGAGGUGUCCUUCUACCUAGCCUUAUGUUGGCUGAUUGAACUGAGGUGUCCUUCUACCUAGCCUUAUGUUGGCUGAUUGAACUGAGGUGUCCUUCUACCUAGCCUUAUGUUGGCUGAUUGGACUGAGGUGUCCUUCCACCUAGCCUUAUGUUGGCUGAUUGAACUGAGGUGUCCUUCUACCUAGCCUUAUGUUGGCUGAUGGGACUGAGGUGUCCUUCCACCUAGCCUUAUGUUGGCUGAUGGGACUGAGGUGUCCUUCUACCUAGCCUUAUGUUGGCUGAUGGGACUGAGGUGUCCUUCUACCUAGCCUUAUGUUGGCUGAUGGGACUGAGGUGUCCUUCUACCUAGCCUUAUGUUGGCUGAUUGAACUGAGGUGUCCUUCUACCUAGCCUUAUGUUGGCUGAUUGAACUGAGGUGUCCUUCUACCUAGCCUUAUGUUGGCUGAUUGAACUGAGGUGUCCUUCUACCUAGCCUUAUGUUGGCUGAUUUGACCUCAAAUAAAACUGGAAUGGCCCUUUCUUGCUUCUGUUUGUUCCUAAUCAAUCAAGCCAACGUAUUUACAGUGUUUUUAUACUUUUCACAUAUUAUUUACGUGCCGAUGACACUGCUGCAUAUUGAGAUAUUGAAAAGGUUACAAUUUGUGACUUGGGGUUUAGAGAUGAUACAAGAUAGCCUGGCCCCCCAGAUCUGUUUAGAGAUGAUACAAGAUAGCCUGGCCCCCCAGAUCUGUUUAGAGAUGAUACAAGAUAGCCUGGGCCCCCAGAUCUGUUUAGAGAUGAUACAAGAUACCCUGGCCCCCAGAUCUGUUUAGAGAUGAUACAAGAUACCCUGGCCCCCAGAUCUGUUUAGAGAUGAUACAAGAUAGCCUGGGCCCCCAGAUCUGUUUAGAGAUGAUACAAGAUAGCCUGGGCCCCCAGAUCUGUUUAGAGAUGAUACAAGAUAGCCUGGGCCCCUGGAUCUGUUUAGAGAUGAUACAAGAUAGCCUGGGCCCCAGAUCUGUUUAGAGAUGAUACAAGAUAGCCUGGGCCCCUGGAUCUGUUUAGAGAUGAUACAAGAUACCCUGGGCCCCAGAUCUGUUUAGAGAUGAUACAAGAUACCCUGGGCCCCAGAUCUGUUUAGAGAUGAUACAAGAUAGCCUGGGCCCCCAGAUCUGUUUAGAGAUGAUACAAGAUAGCCGGGCCCCAGAUCUGUUUAGAGAUGAUACAAGAUAGCCUGGGCCCCCAGAUCUGUUUAGAGAUGAUACAAGAUAGCCUGGGCCCCCAGAUCUGUUUAGAGAUGAUACAAGAUAGCCUGGCACCCAGAUCUGUUUAGAGAUGAUACAAGAUAGCCUGGGCCCCCAGAUCUGUUUAGAGAUGAUACAAGAUAGCCUGGGCCCCCAGAUCUGUUUAGAGAUGAUACAAGAUAGCCUGGGCCCCCAGAUCUGUUUAGAGAUGAUACAAGAUAGCCGGGCCCCAGAUCUGUUUAGAGAUGAUACAAGAUAGCCUGGGCCCCCAGAUCUGUUUAGAGAUGAUACAAGAUAGCCUGGGCCCCAGAUCUGUUUAGAGAUGAUACAAGAUAGCCUGGGCCCCCAGAUCUGUUUAGAGAUGAUACAAGAUAGCCUGGGCCCCAGAUCUGUUUAGAGAUGAUACAAGAUAGCCUGGGCCCCUGGAUCUGUUUAGAGAUGAUACAAGAUACCCUGGGCCCCAGAUCUGUUUAGAGAUGAUACAAGAUACCCUGGGCCCCAGAUCUGUUUAGAGAUGAUACAAGAUAGCCGGGCCCCAGAUCUGUUUAGAGAUGAUACAAGAUAGCCUGGGCCCCCAGAUCUGUUUAGAGAUGAUACAAGAUAGCCUGGGCCCCCAGAUCUGUUUAGAGAUGAUACAAGAUAGCCUGGGCCCCCAGAUCUGUUUAGAGAUGAUACAAGAUAGCCUGGGCCCCCAGAUCUGUUUAGAGAUGAUACAAGAUAGCCUGGGCCCCCAGAUCUGUUUAGAGAUGAUACAAGAUAGCCUGGGCCCCCAGAUCUGUUUAGAGAUGAUACAAGAUAGCCGGGCCCCAGAUCUGUUUAGAGAUGAUACAAGAUAGCCUGGGCCCCCAGAUCUGUUUAGAGAUGAUACAAGAUAGCCUGGGCCCCAGAUCUGUUUAGAGAUGAUACAAGAUAGCCUGGGCCCCCAGAUCUGUUUAGAGAUGAUACAAGAUAGCCUGGCCCCCAGAUCGGUUUAGAGAUGAUACAAGAUAGCCUGGGCCCCAGAUCUGUUUAGAGAUGAUACAAGAUAGCCUGGGCCCCCAGAUCUGUUUAGAGAUGAUACAAGAUAGCCUGGGCCCCCAGAUCGGUUUAGAGAUGAUACAAGAUAGCCUGGGCCCCCAGGAUCUGUUUGUGCUCUCACCAACUCCAUUUCUCAUUGUCAUGAGUUGUCAUAACAACACAAUCAGACAGGUACCCAGGCUAGAUAAAAGACAGGUUGUAACAAUGUAUGUACUGACAACAACAAAAAUAUAUAUUUUGUGUCCAGCAAUAGGCCAAUAGAAGAAGCACUGAACCACCAAGGGCUUUCUUUCUUGGAUCUAGAAUACUUGUUAAAAGAGACCAAGACUAACUCUGACUGACUCCAUUUUGAUUUGUUAAAAUGGGAUUUACAGUGCCUUGCGAAAGUAUUCGGCCCCCUUGAACUUUGCGACCUUUUGCCACAUUUCAGGCUUCAA